AUGUCACCACAGCCAGGUCCAGCAUCACUGGCGAAGGCCUGUCAGGAGGCCAAUGACGAGGAGUAUGACAGAAUCUGCCGGCUGGGGCCAUACGAGCUCGAGGAGGCCGGGCUGGAGGCCUACCACAACAACCGCUUGGAGGAGGCGGAGCGUCUCCUCAGCGCAGCCUUGCGUGACUCGGCGCCCCGCCGCAAGGCGGCGCUUCUCUGUGCCCGUGCCGCGGUGCGGGUGGCACUGGGUGAGCCAUAUGCUGGCCAGAAGACAUGGACGCCCUUGUGGCGUUGCGUCUACAAGCUCAUGGCUGUCAGACGCGAUAAAUCCGUUAGUGAUGAAACUGGCGACCCGACCGGUCGCAUCAUUCGCUCACUCCGCUACAAUCAGACCAUCCGCGUGGAUGGAGCACCAGUCGAAGGCUGGCUCAAGCUGUUGGACAGCCUCGGGUACGCUAUGAUCGCAUCGCCGCAUGUGGGUCAGCUGCUGGAACUAGUUGCUGAGGGCCCUCAUGCGUUAAGCCUCGCUUUGGAGGAUUGCGAAGCGGCGAUCGCUCUUCAGGCGAACACUGCUGAAGCGUACCUCCUGGCAUCGAGGUGCCAGGUGCUUCAAGGUGAGUUUCAAGAGGCUGAGGCAGUGCUCAGGCGUGGGGAGGGCGCGGUGAAGCCUCGUGAACUAUCGAAAAUACAAGUGCAGCUGCGUAACCUGCAGAAGAUUGUCCCAAAGCUCUCGCAGGCAGCGGACCUGCUGACUCCUGAUUUCAGCCAGGAGGAGGCAGGCAAGCGGGCGCUGGGCCAUCUGAAGGAAGCUGCCCGCCUGGGUGCAUCUGCGAUGAAAGUGCGGCCCUUGCAGCUCCACGCGCUACUUCAAGCUCGUCAAUACGUCCGUGCUUUCGAGGCGAAGAAGCUCGCAGAGGAGAUUCUGAAGAACGCGCCUGGAACUCCGAGUCCCAAGGAUGUCCUGCUGCAUGGCGCUGCAGGGCUCCUCUGCUGCCAAGAGGAAGGGAAGAAGGUGCUGCAGUCACUGGUGCAGGAGGCCAAAGAGGCUGGAAGCGUUGCUGGCCAAGGCCCUGCCAUGGAAUGGUUUGAAGUCGUUUUCAAAAACGUCCUGGUCAAGAAGCGAUGUGACGAGAAAGCUCCCAGCUGGUGCCUAUUGGAGAAAGGCCGCAAAGUCAUGGUCUUGCCAAAGCGCGAGACAGAUGCCAAGGGGCAAGAUUGGGUGGAGCUGGCGCCUUUUGAGCUUCACCGGCUUUGUGGAGACUGCCGAGACCACAGAGGCGACAGUUCCGCAGAAGCCCGCGGCUUUCUCCUGAUUGAUGGCAGUGCCUUGGGCCUCGGUGCUUUGCUACGCCCGGUGGACUUCGACCCUGGGCCUGCGCUGCGAGCCGGCGCUUUGUUGCGCGCGGUGGAGGCCACGCCAGAGCUGAAGGCGCAGGGCGACCGGCUCCUAAAGCGCGGAGAGGCGGGGGAGGCCCGCAAAUGUUACGCGGCAGCGCAUGCGGGCGGCUCCUGGGAUGCUGAUCUUCGAGCACAGCUGCACCUCAAGACUGCGGAGGCUUUCAGGUUGGAGGGUGAGCUGGAAGAGGCUUGGAAAGAGGUCACGGAAGCUCUCUGCUUCAUGGACAGAGCCAGGUCUGCACCCGCACUGUUGCUGCGCGGCAUUCUUCGCUUCGACUCGGGGAAGUGGCGUGAGAGCUUGGAGGACCUGGAGAAGGCACAGGACCUGGCGGCGAGGGCCCAGCAGAUCUUGAAGGAAUUGGCGAUGUGGCUCCGCCGCGCCCGAGAGGCCGUUCGCCGCAAUGACUCGAGGAACUUCUACGCCAUCUUGGGCUUGCGCUGCGACUGCGAUGCUGCAGACGUGAAGAAGCGCUUCCACAAGCUGGCGCUGCAGUGCCAUCCCGACAAGGUUCACUCAACCUCGGAAGUGCUGAAGAAAUCAGCUGAAGCACGUUUCAAAGCCAUUCAGGAAGCAUACGAGGAGAAGGAGGAAUACCUGGCUGCAAUUCUGAAUUGCGUUGAUUCCUUCUUCAACGGGCCAUUCCAGGCAUGCAUCUGCAAGGAUGAAACUGCAGGUGAGCAGCUGCAGAUCCUCGGACAGAAGUACCUCAAGCGUUUCAAGAUGUUGGAUCGGAGUGCGGCUUUCCGCGCCCGGCUUCCUGCCAGCAGCAUGGAGCUUCUCUCCAUCGCGGCAUAUCGUGUCAUGACAGCUGUGGAGGGCAAGGCCGACACUGCCACCCUCCUGGAAAGCAACGAAAACCACACAGACACCAAGGAGCUGGAGGUAAGCUCCCCCGACCAGGAGCUCUGGCAUCGGCUGAUCCAGGCACUGCGCGAAGAUCCUCGAUGCCAGGAGCGUUUGCGGCGACAGAGCCAUCUGCUAGGGCAGGCUUUCCUGACCAUCUACGAGGAAACCGAUCCGGAAUAUCCGCCGUAUUUGAAGAACCUCACAUCGGAGACUGAAAUGGACUUCCGCAGGCAUGCCAUUACGGUGCAAGAUUGUAUUCAUCGGCUGGUGCAACACUGCGAGGGGGACUUGCACGAUCUUCCCAGCCUCCGUCGCACGAUGAGGGUCUUUCUUGCCAUGAUUGGCAUGGCGCAAAGCGAGGAUGCAAAGAAAGAGGACACACAGCAGUUGACAUACAUUCAGGUGGAGCUUUCAAAGGCUGGUGUGGGAAAGCUUCUGGUGAAAGUCCUCAACAACCACGCUGUGCAAGACGUCCAGCGUUUGGCGUGGCAUGUUCUCGGAGAACUGCUCCAAAGCCGGGGAGCGGAUGGCGAGGCAAAGGUCAACAAGGUUGUCCAAGUCGGCCUGCACGAAGCCAUGUCUUCUAGCGACGAUGACACGGGCAUGUGGGAGUCCUUCCACGAGAUUCUGUCAACGGCGGGGCGCGCAGCAAAGUUUGUGCACGGCUUCCGGACACUACCAGUCCUGACGUCCCAAGAGAAGGCAAGGCUGCGCGAAUACGAUGACUUGUUGGAGCAGGCAGUUGACGCCAUACAGGCUGUGAGAAUGCUUGUGGAGGGCCAGUUCAAGGCAAUGCAGGACUACCUAUACUCCCAGGAGGGCAAUGUGCGCUCCUUUAACGUUCCCGGUCUAUGUUGCUGGCUGUUGACAAGGUUGUGCAAGGAUGCCCAGGGCGCGAACUAUGCUUCACUCAGUGAGCUCAAGUGUAUAAAGUUCGUGGUCGUGCUGCUGACCGAGUUGGCACAGGGCCCCAAUCCUCGCAACCAGGAGUUUCUGAGCAACAUGGGCCUCAUCGAGCUGGUGUUCAAGUUGCUCAUGGUGAACUUCCAGCAGUUGCAGAAAUCAGAGGGAGACGUCUACCCGUCAGCGGUGCGUCAGCUCAAGGCAGAGCUGCUACGCAUGCUGCUUUCGUUGAUGGAGGGGCGAUUGGAUGCUCGGAUUCACCAGACGAUCCUACAGCGUGGAGACCCCUUGGUCAUCCGAGCACGCAUCGAGUUUAUCUACCUUUACUUCACUCUCGGUGCGGUCGCCAUCAAUCCCAGACAGGUGACCCGGCAGAACUUGGCUGCAAUCCCGCUGGAUGGCAAUCUCCAUGCAUUGAUGUUGCCGCAGGCCGACCCUUCCGAGCUUUUCACUGCGGUGAGCCGCAACUCUGCCUUGGUAACCGAAUUCCUUGAGGACCUGGAUGAUGAGCAGCUUGGCGUUCUCUUUGCUGAGGGCUUCUGCCUCAUCGAGCUUGUGUACGAGCUCUCAGCGCACAGCAGCAAGUUCAAGAAAGAGGUUAUGCCAAUGCCGGAGGAGCAGGAUCCUUUUGUGGACUCCGAGGCUGAGUAUCGAACUCGCAGAGAUUAUCUGCGCGAGCGCGCGGCCUGGCAGAAGCGGCAGAUCUAUCGGCAGGCCUUUGACUUCCUGGGCCGCUACGUCAAGACUUUGGAAGUCGUGCUGAAUGGACACCUCCAGUCACUGAAUUUCCGCGUGCCAGUCACGGCAGUGUGGUACGUGCAGGGUGCAUCGAAGCAGCGCAUCCUCGACGAGGUACCUUUCAGCUUGCCAGACGUCAAGAUGAAGAGCUUCAUCCAAAUGUGCGUGGAGUUGAACAACGAGUCUCGCCUCAUCCUGGCAUUGUCUAGGUUUUCACUUUGUCCACAGAGAUACCGCAGAUGGGCACAGCUCUACCUUCCAGAUGGUGUGCACCGACCAUUUUGGGUCUUCCUUGCCAACGAUGCGAAGCACAUGCAGAAUCUGAUGAGAUCGUCCUUGUACUUGAGCUUGUGCUUGGCAUUGCAUGCGGGCCUCUUCCUGGUCGCUCCCAAGGAGGCGGAUGGUGAUCUGAUGUGGGCGUCCCCUAUGGCGCAGAGGAUUUCAGAAAUACUGGGAGCUUUACAUCUUGCCUGCACGUUACUUUGGCUUUGUCUGUAUACUUGCAUCCAGGUGCCUCUGAGCAUCAAAAAGGUACAGACCCAGUAUCCCAAGAGGAAUUCGCUCGUCAACAUCUGCGCUGCCUGGGGACGCUACAUGAGUCAGCGUUUGCUCCAGUGGCGCGGCAUAACGCUGAUCCUUACCUCACUGGCUUUGUUCAGACGGCACUGGUGGGUAUACAGUUUCUUGCUGGCUGAUUUCUUUGCCCAGAGCCCAUCACUACAGACCGUGCUGAGUGGUGUGGUGGCUCCUGCAUGGCCGCUGUUCAUGACCUUUCUUGGUGCUGGCAUCAUCACCUUCGUCUAUGGUGCUAUAGGACUGCACAACUUCCGCGACGAGUUUGGCAUGUACUGCGACCAGAACAUUAUGGUUUGCACACAAAGCAUCCUCUACAUGGGUACUCGUGCUGGAAUUGUGGGGUUGAGCGGCAUGAUGGACCAAGUGGGCCCCGAGGAUGACCUCUGGUUCCAGCGCAUGGUGUAUGACAUCAGCUACUUUGUAAUCUUUGGCGUCAUGCUGCUCAACACGAUUGUCGCGCUGAUUGUGGACUCCUUCCAAACUCAGAGGCGAGAAGCAACGGCUCGUGAGAACAACUUGGAGACGCAGUCCUUCAUUUCCUCCAUCGACCGCAAAGUCAUCGAGUCUGUAGCUCAAGCUUCUGGCAUUGUUGACGGUUUCGAGUACCAUGAGACGUACCGGCAGAACAAGUGGGACUACAUGGCAUUCGUUUUCCAUCUCCGCGAGAAGCACGCGCUGAACUUCACUGGGCCGGAGAGUCAGAUCCGGCAGUUCAUCGACAGCUCUGACGUAACCUGGCUCCCCAUUGGACGGUCCAAGAUGCUGGAGGGAAAGUCGGCAGAGUCACAGGAGGACACAUUGACUUUGAUUCAGAAGCAGAACUCGCGAAUCAUUGGCGCCCUUCAGCAGACUCAAGACAAUCGUAAAACCCUCUUCAAAGCCAUCGGCAGCUUAGCCCGAUCGAUGCGCGACAAGACCGAGAGUGUUCAGGAUCAGCUAAAGAUCAUUCUGGCCCAGCAUUCCGAAAGCGGGAAAGACUCGCCACUCGCUGCCAGUGGAAUAUCCAGGCCUGCCUCCAAGAAGACGCUCGAGCCGGAAAGCCGACCAGAUUCCGCAUCCAGGCGACCAGCUGCACCCGCUGACCAUCAAGAUCCAGAGGAUUCCGGGCCUCCUGCGGCCUUUGCAACCAAUCUGCAAAGGCCACGGCGUUUGUCAAUGUACUGA